UCGUGGUACACCAGGAAAAGUGGGGGCGAGGAAAGCAGCCCUCAGCGCAGAGUGCGAGGCCAGGCUGCCGCUGCCGCCUGCUGCGCUGCCUCCAGCCCUCUCCCUCUGGCGCUCGGCUCCUGUGCCUUCGCUUCGUGUUUGAAUCUGGCUCUCCCCUCCGUAUUAUGUCUGCACUCCGAAGGAAAUUUGGGGAAGAUUACCAGGUAGUGACCACCUCGUCCAGCAGCUCGGGCUUGCAGCCCCAGGGGCCGGGCCAGGGCCCACAGCAGCAGCUUGUGCCCAAGAAGAAGCGGCAGCGAUUCGUGGACAAGAACGGCCGGUGCAAUGUACAGCACGGCAACCUGGGCAGCGAGACGAGCCGCUACCUCUCGGACCUCUUCACCACCCUGGUGGACCUCAAGUGGCGCUGGAACCUCUUCAUCUUCAUCCUCACCUACACCGUGGCCUGGCUCUUCAUGGCGUCCAUGUGGUGGGUGAUAGCCUACACUCGGGGCGACCUGAACAAAGCCCACGUCGGCAACUACACGCCGUGCGUGGCCAAUGUCUAUAAUUUCCCAUCUGCCUUCCUCUUCUUCAUCGAGACCGAGGCCACCAUCGGCUAUGGUUACCGCUACAUUACCGACAAGUGCCCCGAGGGCAUAAUCCUCUUCCUGUUCCAGUCCAUACUCGGCUCCAUCGUGGACGCCUUCCUCAUCGGCUGCAUGUUCAUUAAAAUGUCCCAGCCCAAGAAGCGCGCGGAGACCCUUAUGUUUAGUGAGCACGCGGUGAUUUCCAUGAGGGACGGAAAAUUCACGCUCAUGUUUCGGGUGGGCAACCUGCGCAACAGCCACAUGGUCUCGGCGCAGAUCCGAUGCAAGCUGCUCAAAUCUCGGCAGACACCUGAGGGUGAGUUCCUUCCCCUUGAUCAACUUGAACUGGAUGUAGGUUUUAGUACAGGGGCAGACCAACUUUUUCUUGUUUCCCCCCUCACCAUUUGCCACGUGAUCGAUGCCAAAAGCCCCUUUUAUGACCUAUCCCAGCGAAGCAUGCAAACUGAACAGUUCGAGAUUGUCGUCAUCCUGGAAGGCAUUGUGGAAACAACUGGGAUGACUUGUCAAGCUCGAACAUCAUACACUGAAGAUGAAGUUCUUUGGGGUCAUCGUUUUUUCCCUGUAAUUUCCUUAGAAGAAGGAUUCUUUAAAGUUGAUUACUCCCAGUUCCAUGCAACAUUUGAAGUCCCUACCCCACCUUACAGUGUAAAAGAGCAAGAGGAAAUGCUUCUUAUGUCAUCCCCUUUAAUAGCACCAGCCAUAACUAACAGCAAAGAAAGACAUAAUUCUGUGGAAUGCUUAGAUGGAUUAGAUGACAUUAGUACAAAAUUUCCAUCUAAGCUGCAGAAAAUUACUGGAAGAGAAGACUUUCCCAAAAAACUCUUGAGGAUGAGUUCUACAACUUCAGAAAAAGCCUACAGCUUGGGAGAUUUGCCCAUGAAACUUCAACGAAUAAGUUCAGUUCCUGGUAACUCAGAAGAAAAACUGGUCUCUAAAACCACCAAGAUGCUGUCUGAUCCCAUGAGCCAGUCAGUGGCUGAUUUGCCACCAAAGCUUCAAAAGAUGGCUGGGGGAGCAGCCAGGAUGGAAGGGAAUCUUCCAGCCAAAUUAAGAAAAAUGAACUCUGACCGAUUCACAUAACAAAACACCUCCUUAGGCAUUAUUUACUGUUUUGAUUUACUAAUGGUCCAAUAUUUGGCUGAUGAGGUAAUUCUCUCUAAGGAAUCUGAAAGGUACAUUUUCCCCCCAGUCAUAUAUGCAUAUUUGAGAACCCUUAUUCCAACUAUUGCUAAUGUGCAGAAAGCAAAAGUUGUGAAAGGAGGACAUCAUAAGGAAGUUCUUAUUAACGGGCAUGUAUUAUCACAUCGUGCAUGCAAUAAUGUGCAAAUUUUGCAUUUAGUUUUAUGGCAUGAUUUAUAUAUGGUAUAUUUAUAUUGUAUAUUCUGAAAAAAGAUAUAUAUAUAUAUAUAUAUUUAAAGGGGUGGUACUCUCCAUGACAUUUCUAACAUAUGUAUUAAGCCAAACAUGAGUGGAUCUUUCAGGGUGAUAAAACUAUAUAUAUAUGUGUGUAUAUAUAUGUAACUGUGUGUGUGUAUAUAUGUAUAUAUAUAUACACACACACCCACACAUGCACAUACAUAUAUAUAUCUGAUAAAAUUGUGAUGUUUUGUUCAAAGUUGUAGUUCUUGUGCAUGUUUAAUUUAUUAGGCUAGGAAGGCUACUGGCAUUAAUUAUUAAUACCAAAUAUUUUAGCCUUAAAUUAUUUGUCAUUUUAAAAUCUAAUUUAAUGUUUUCUGCUGUUUAAGGUCCUGGAAGAUUUUCAAUUGUACUUUAUAUGAGGGAAUCACAUAAGUCUGUGCUAUUUAUGGCCCUGCGAAAAUAUAACCAUUAUAUAUUUAACUUGUAAAUUUUAGAGCACAUCAAGACACUGAAGAUUCCUUAUGAUUUUUAAAAGUUGCUGGUACUGGGGGAAAAUAAACAGAUUAAUUUGAGAAUCAGUCCUCUCCUGGACUAAUUAAAAUCUGGAAAUCUGUUUUGUGUAUGAUCUAAUACAAAUAUGAACUCUGAACAAAUGCUGAAUCAUUGUGAUAGUCAGGAGCCAAGUUAUAUUGAAUAUAUCAGAAUCUGUGUGAAAUUACAUAAUUAAUGGUCCCUGUUUCAAACUGAGUUAAUUGGUAACAUUUUCACUUUUCUUCUGAAACUUCUGUCAUUUUAAAAAUUAAUAAUUUAUCCUUGAGGAAAAACAAUAAUACAAUGAAACAGAUGAUAAAUAUUUAUGCUUAAAAGUAUAUACGUCUAAUCGAGUCUCUUUUUCUUAUGCCUUUCUUUUGUUUGUGGCAUUUGUUGUAACAGGACAGAAAUUUUUUUCUCACCUGGGGAACCUAUUCCAUUCCAGACCUGUCAUCACUCAGUUCAAGAGGAAUGUUUUGUAUAUACCUGAGAGAAUUUAAAAUUAGAUGACUGGAAAUAUUUUACCCAUGUGUCUUUUGUUGGUGGUGAUGGUAGUUUGUUUGGUUAAACCCUGAUUUUAUUGGUGUAUUGGAUCCCCGGACUACCAAAAUAAACUUAGCAGUACUAUAUUUUUAACCCUAAGGUUUUAUAUUUAUGAUUCACUAGGGAAUCAAAACUAUUGCUCAGUAGAACACCUGCAAAAAUAAAGAUUUGGAAUGCAGAGAUUUUUAUUAAAAUUUACAAGUGCUCCUUAUCAGAAUAUCAUGGAUUUUCCUGUAAUACUAUUUUGAACUUUGCAAUCUACAUCUGCCCAGAAUUAAUCUCUUUCUCCUCAUUAAUAUGUAAAUCUUUAAUGAGUGGAUUAGGGGCUCAUCAUUUCCCAUUUUUAGCAAUCAUGUGCUAAUUUCCUUAUUGGAAAAUUACUACAUCAACAAUUCUAUCAUUGACUACAACAGUACCUUCUGGCUACCUCUGUAUCAACCAAAUUCUGUAGGUGCAAACAUAUACCAGGGAAUUGUUACUGGAAAAAAUGAUCAACCUAGAGCUUAGAUCCACUGUGAAUACAACUAGCUGUCCUGCCGCUUGAUCUCCAAACUUGCUUAUUUGCUGGAUAUAGGACAUGAAAUAAUAGCAUAAAAAGGAGGGAGUCCAGAGGGCAUAGUAUAUUUAUUAUCAGUGGAAGAAACUGCAUAGAUCAUUUAAUCCAAUGACUUAACAGUAAAUAGAGCCAUAAUUUAAUUUGGAGAGUUAUUUUAACUUGUUUUUGGUACCAAGCAGAACAUGGGGCCAAAAAUACUCUCUGAAUGUAUUCACUCAUUCAUUCAACAAAAAUUUUGUAUCUCUUUUAUGUCCUAGGCUUUUCUAGCUCCAGGGGAUCUGGCUAUGACUACGUCAGGGAGGUCACUGCCCAUUUGAACACUGCAUGUCAGUAGGAGAGUGGGGAGGGCACUGAGACAGACAAAACCAGAUCAUUUCAGACAGUCAAAAUAUUAGUGAAGUAAAGAACAAUGGUCACAUGAAAAAAAGGUUGGGUGGAAUAAGAAUUGAUUAUUUUAGAAGAGGUGCCUGUUAACAGAGGGCGUGAAAUUUAAACAGAGAUCUGUAUAAUGAGAAAAAAAAACAC